AAGCUGCGACGAGCCGUGUCGCUGCAGUGUUGCGCUUUCCUGUUUACGGGCGGGAAGAGCGAACAUAGCUGACUGGAAGCGGCUGUGUUUAAAACCGACUGCACAUUUGUUUUAAUUUUCCUCGGCGCUCACGUUUUUUCUUUUUUUAAAUGAUACACGGGGCGUCGCGAGAUCUACCGGAUACGUUUUAAGUGUGACCGUUUGUGAAAAAACAACCGGGGUAUUUGGAGCGCGCAGAACAGAUGGAGGAUCCCCCUGCAGGUGGUGGUGGUGGUGGUGGUGGCGGCGGUGGAGGAGCAGCAGCGGCGGCGGCGGCGGCGGAGGGCCCCGCGGUGCAGGUGGCAGAUAUCCGCUGCCCGAAGGGGGCUCUCCCUCUCCGGCUCCUCGAGUGGAAAGUCAAACCCGGGUCUCACGUGAACCUGGACUCCGUGCUCGCGAUAUGCGUCCCUAUACCCCAGGAGAAGGGGGCAGAGGCAGCCACCAGGCUGCGGGAGAGGAAGGUGAAAUCGGACCGCGCUGGAGUCGUCAGGGAGCUGUGCUGUCAACUUGGGCAGGUCAUACCUCCCGGAGGGGUCGUCGUCAGAAUAGAAGAAUGCAGCCAUCCAAUAGUAAUGAAGGGGUUAUGUGCCGAAUGUGGCCAGGACCUGACUCAGCUGCAGAGCAAGAAUGGGAACCAGCAAAUUCCCAUCUCCACAGCAACCGUCUCCAUGGUGCACAGUGUCCCUGAGCUGAUGGUCAGCUCAGAGCAAGCGGAGCAGCUGGGCAGAGAAGACCAGCAGAGACUCCACCGGAACAAAAAGCUGGUCCUGAUGGUGGAUCUGGACCAGACGCUGAUCCACACCACUGAACAGCACUGUCAGCGUAUGUCCAAUAAGGGUAUCUUCCACUUCCAGCUCGGGCGAGGCGAGCCGAUGCUCCACACGCGACUGCGCCCGCACUGCAAUGCCUUCCUGGAGAAAAUCGCCAAACUCUUCGAGUUGCACGUCUUCACGUUCGGGAGCCGCCUUUACGCACACACCAUCGCAGGUUUUCUGGAUCCUGAAAAGAAGCUUUUCUCCCAUCGGAUCCUUUCCAGAGACGAAUGCAUCGACCCGUUCUCCAAGACGGGGAAUCUGAGGAAUCUUUUCCCGUGUGGCGACUCCAUGGUCUCCAUAAUCGACGACCGAGAGGACGUGUGGAAGUUUGCGCCGAACCUCAUCACUGUGAAGAAGUACAUCUACUUCCAGGGCACGGGGGACAUCAACGCUCCCCCCGGAUCACGGGAAGCUCCGAUGCCAAAGAAAGCAGGAGGACCGUCGAGUCGACCGGCAAAGAGCGCGGAACCAGUCGGGACGUCGAACGCCGAUGAGCCAAAUAACGUCCCCAAGAAAAGGGCGAAAGACCACGGCCUUUCUGGAAAGGAAGAGUCCACAACCUCGCCGUCUACUCGGGGAGUACCGGUGGAUGAACGGACACACCCCACGGGGGUUGUGGAGGAUGAAUCGGGACAAGGUAAAGGGUCAGAGGCCGAGGCGGGGACUGGGGUGGCGGCGUCGGGGGAAACUCAGGUGGGCGACGGAACGAACGCUAAGGAAGACGAUAGCGACAGGACACUGGUGGCACGAAAGGCGCAGGACGGCGCGAACCGCUCGGCACCGAGCCACGAGUCCAAUAACUUGGACUUUGAUCUUUCCAGUGACAGUGACAAUGACUCCAAUAAAGAAAAACCUCCCUCGCCAGAGAGUGACGGCGAAGCCAAGUUGAGUCAGGCGAAGAAAUCUGGGCAGGAAGGAGAACCGACGUCUGGCGACGGGGACGGUAAAGGCCGGAUCGAAGGAGAAACCAUCUCCGACGCGGCGGAACCUUCGGGGGUUCUCCUCCCGGACCCCGAGCUGGAUAACGGCUGCUCGGACCGGAGGGAGCCAGAAACCGAGUCGCAGAAUAGCGAACAAUCUGGCGUCACCAUGGGAGAGGAGCUGCUGGACCAAAGCAUGGAGGAGGAGGAGGAAGAGGACGACGAAGCUGACGUCGACCAGGACGACCACCUGAUCUACCUGGAGGAAGUGCUAGAAAGGAUCCACGCCGAGUACUACGCGCGGUACGAGACCUACCUGAAGAAGGAGGCCCCCGAAAUGCCGGACAUCCGCAAGAUCGCCCCCGAGUUAAAAAGCAAGACACUGGAGGGCACGACGAUCGUGUUCAGUGGCCUGUACCCGACCAGCUACCCCAUGGAGAGGACCCGCGAGUACUACCACGCCAAAGCACUGGGGGCCAAGAUUGGCAAGAACCUGGUUCUUAACUCCGAAGAUGCCUGUCGGACGACGCAUCUCAUCGCAGCAAGAGCCGGCACCGAGAAGGUUCGUCAGGCACAAGACUGCAAGCACCUCCACGUCGUCAACCCCGACUGGCUGUGGAGCUGCCUGGAGCGCUGGGAGAGGGUGGAGGAGCAGCUGUACCCGCUAAAAGAGGACUGCUCCAAGAUGCCACGGAGCAACAGUCCGGCAGCAUUCCGUGACAUUCAGGGCUGCCUGCAGACGCACGUCUUCCAGCCGGCUCCCAUCCACCACCAACCUCUGCCUCAAGCCCCCGAGGUCCAAACCUACAACCCCGUCACGGGAAAGCUGAUCCGCAAGGGCCCCCAGGCGCCACGGCCGCCGUCCUACCUCCAGGCGCCGGGGUCUUGUCUCAGGGGAACCUCAAAGCAGGAGGACGCGUCGGGGUCCAUCCAGGACGACGAGCAGCCCGGGCCGUCUCGUCGGAAGCGGCAGCAGAGCAUGUCGGAGACGAUGCCGCUGUACACUCUGUGCAAGGAGGAUCUGGAGAGCAUGGACAAAGAGAUGCACUGUGUUUCAAAUGUCACCCUCCUUGGACCGCCUCAGCUAAAGGGCAGUCUGUGAUGUUUCAAACACUCCGGGUCUUCGGGGCAAAGUGAAAGAGCCAUUCCUAAUUGGCUGGAACAAAGUGCACAUCCGAGUCGUGCCGGCGGCCUUACAUCUGAAUGUCACCAGUGGUUACACGCUGGUAUGUGUCAGUUUACCUGGAGCGACAUGCGCACAAGUCGGACCGGACACAGAAUCGCGGCCGUGCACCGACUGGGUGACCUUUCCAUGAAAUUGCGGUUCUCUUGUUGUGCUGAGUGAUGCCCGCGACUGGUCGCACGCACGCACGUCCAUCUUCUACCAUCGGUCAUUCGUUAGAUUUUAUUUGGCAGGAGAGGUUGCUCGGUUUUAAUUUAAGACCAAUCUGAAUAAAUGUAUCAUUUAUUAAAAUACAAUUGAACGCAAUCCAUGUUGCCUCAAACUAAGAAGCUUAAAACUAACAAAAAAAAAAUUGGAUAUAAAUAGAUUAUACCAUUUAUGAAUCCAAAAUGCGCCCCGCAUAUUACUACUUAAUCGGUUGCUAUCGGUAUUUAACUUUUCUCUAUGUGACACCACGACCGGCUACGGUAGCUAGUCUUCUCCAGUAAGCAUUAGAACAAUGGCUUUAUUUUACUGACGGGACCAAAUGGCACACAAUAAGUAAGACGUUGACGGCUUCUUCGUUGACGGCUUCUUCGUUGCACCAAGGGACGUGUAGACAAAAAGAACCCAGGAAAUUUAUAAUAGAUGUUCAUAAAUAUAAUGGAUGUCAUUGCCACGAGACCUUCGCCUGGUCUUGUGACGUUUGCAUAUUGAUUACUUUAAUAAUCUUGCCAUUGUGUGUCUGAGUCAGUGUCAACCAAACCUGUCAAAACCUUUCCCCUUCUCCUUUUUGGCUCUGUCUUGGUCUCCACCAACUCCCCAGGAGGAUAAAACUGAAACGUUAUGGGGCCGUAAAACAAAAGCGUUGCGCUGAAACGCAACUGCGUCCGACGGGGCAGUUGAUUUGUACUAUCUACCGUAAUCAUUUCUAGAAAAUAGCCGUUUCCUUUUCAUAUUUAACGAUGGCGCUGCAUUUUUGCUCAUAGGGGAAAAAAAACAACCUUUCUAGAUAAUGCAACCUAUUCACGGUUGAGAGCGCGGUUGAUACCAAUUUAAGGUUAAUGGUUCAAUUCUGUUCAUUGUUCCAGUGAGACAAGCCGGGGAUAAUAAUUUUCUUUGGCUCUCUCCAAAGGCUUCAGUCGGCAUUCCCUGCCUGUCCAGCAACAAGUCAACAUGUAAAUAAAUACGCAACAUUUCAGUUUUUAAACAUGCAUUUUAGGUGCCUAAUGAGCCUGAUUUGACUGCUCUGUCCCUCCCCAAAAUGAAAGGAAAUCCGGUUGCUACGUUGUGAAUGAUUUUUUUU